AUUAAUUAUUACUUCAUGGUGUAAGAUGAUUUUGCAACAGUUUAUUGAUUACUUUUACCUUAAUUGGCUACAACUAAACUGAUCACGUGCAUUUCCUUUGUUGAAUCCCGGAAUAUAAACUUAGUUAGGUAGCAGUUCUCCAAAGUAAAAUAUGUGUUUACCCUAAUGAUAGUUCCACAUUUUCGUCUAUCCUGAUUAAUGAACUGUCAUAUCAAAACAGCCUUCUUAUAUGUACUGCAUGUUGUUAAAUCAUGCAAUGUUUAAGGAAAAUAUUAUAUUAAAUAAAAAUAAAAGGGCAGGCAUUGCCACUGAUAUAUUAUGUACUCGAAUUAAUGACGCAGACUCCAGCAUUUUCCGUAUGUGUGUGUGUGUGUGUGUGUUGUUCCCUGCGGGUCGAUGGGCUGCAUCAAAGGCGGAUGUUGCCUUUAUCCUCAGAAUGAUAAAGAAUUCCACUGUGUAAAUGAUAUAUUGAACAAUCGCCACCCGUUUCUUUUUAUCCUGGACACUCCGAGAUAAGAAUGAUGAAACUAUCCACAUGGAAGAUUUUGAGGGGCGGCGAACGGAACACAGCGUCGGUAUAAAAACGUGAGCGCAGGCAAGUUGCGCAGAGCGCUCCGGGUCACCAGUGUGUGAACGAGCUCCUAUCGUCCGCUUCUCCAGCCUUACCACGCCAUUGAUUCACCCCAUCCACUCUUUGUCAUCUACCACCAACCUUCAAGAUGUGUAGCCAAGUCCGCCAGAACUACCAUGAGGAGUGCGAGGCCUCCAUCAACAAGCAAAUCAACAUGGAACUGUAUGCCAGCUAUGUUUACCUGUCCAUGAGUUACUACUUUGAUAGGGACGAUGUUGCUCUCCCUGGAAUGAAGAAGUACUUCAAGGACUCAAGUGAUGAGGAAAGGGAACACGCCCAGAUUUUGAUGAAGUACCAGAACCAGCGAGGAGGAAGGAUUGUGCUGCAGGCCAUAGCUGCUCCAUGCCAGCAGGAGUGGGGCAAUGCCCAUGAUGCACUCCAGGCUGCCCUUGAUCUAGAGAGACAAGUCAAUCAGAGCCUCCUGGACCUACAUGGCAUUGCUGGCAAGCACAAUGAUCCCCACCUUUCCAAGUUGCUGGAAGAUGAGUUCCUUUCUGAACAGGUGGAUGCCAUCAAGAAGAUUGGGGACAUGAUCACUCGCCUCAAGCGUGCUGGUACCUCUGGCCUGGGAGAGUACAUGUUUGACAAGGAGCUUGCUUAAAUGAACCUCAAUUAAACUAGAUGGGCAUACAACUCAUCUAUUUUUUUAAUCAGAUUGAAGUAGUAACUUGGAUGACAGAUAUACACAUUUUAAGCUUUAUUCCAUUAUAAUUUCUACACAAAAUUUGAUUUUACAAUUACCAGAAAUUCCACAAGUGCUGCAUUUUGUUGUAUAUCACCAUUAGUCAUUCAUUAUGUAGCUUUAUUAUGAAUGCAUUUAUGUAUAUGUAUGUAAUGAAUGUAUAGCAGUGACUUGUCACUAAACACAGCAUUCACUUUGACAUCAGCUUUGUACAUGUUGAUUUUGCUUCACUUGCCUCAACUUGGUGUUGGCACCUAAAUUAUUCUGUUAUACAUGGCACUCAUUAAAAAGGUUAUCACCCA